UUACAUAUAUUGUAACUACUGUUCACAACAACUGUGGCUUACAGAAUGUUAAAUUACAGAUGUUAUGUUGCAACCAUCAACCUAUUGCAUUUACUUUAACAGCAUCAUCCGAAACUUUAGUCAUGGAUACAGAACCAAGCCGCGGAGACAGCAUUCCUCCAUCAGGCAUCGUAGCCUUCACUGCCAAGCUGGACAUAGACGACAGCUACCCCAAACACUGUGGAGUCCUGAAGUUUGCCACUGUGCUGGUCAACGAGGGGAGAUGCUACAGCCCUGAAACAGGCAUCUUCACCUGCCCUGUGGAUGGCUUCUAUCACUUCACUGUGCAUGUGUCUGUGUAUGGGCGUGGACAGUGUGCAAUAUUUAAAAAUGGAGAAAAAGUAGUGUCUCUGUACCACACCUCUCUGCCAGACAAGUGUAGCCAAGUGGCUAGUAUCAGCAGUGUGAUACAACUGUCUAAAAAAGAUGAAGUCUGGGUGAAUGUCUGGGGGCCUUGCACAAAUGAUAUCUUUGCAACUGUAGAUAAUGAUACUGUUUUCUCUGGGUUUCGUUUGGAUUGAUGACAUCAGUGUCAAAAAGAUCCAUUCAUAAUACAGUAUACAAUUAAUACUAUUGGAUAUUACUUUUACUAUUGGUUUUGUCACAUUUUGCCAUAUAUUGUGUUUGUAUGAACUUGUAUUGAACUUUCUUGUGUCGAUAUCUAUGCCCAAUAAAAAUGUAAUACUGUCUGGCUUUAAUGCAAAUAAAAAAUAAGUACGCUUCAAAGUUUCCUGUC